ACGGGCGGAGUCGUGAGCGCUCGGUUAUAUUUAGGUGGCUUGUAGCGGAGAACGCCGCGUUAUUCCUCUGCGACCGUCAGCAGAACAUCGACUAACGGAACACUUACCAUAACCGGACAUAAACCACAAUGUCUUCCACCAAAGACGAUGGCGGCUGGAAGAGGUUCGUGUGGGACUCAGACAAAGGAGAGCUGCUCGGUCGAACCGGAGGCAGUUGGUUCAAAAUUAUAGGCUUCUACGUCAUUUUCUAUGGCUGCCUGGCUGGAAUCUUCGUCGGAACCAUCCAAGCUUUGCUGCUCACCUUGAGCAACUACAAGCCCACCUGGCAGGACCGGGUCGCACCCCCUGGCCUUAGUCACACCCCCCGAUCAGACAAAUCUGAAGUGUCCUUUAACCUCAAUGACGUGGAGACCUACCUGCCUUACACCAAGGCCUUGAAGGACUUUAUGGCUAAGUACAACGAGGACCUUCAAAAGGACCAGAUGAAGUUCGAGGACUGUGGAAACGAGCCUGCAGAUUACAAGAACCGGGGUGACUUGGAGAGCGACGUGGGCAUCAGGAAGGCCUGUCGUUUCUCCAGGCAGGUGCUGGGACCCUGCUCCGGCCUUGAGGAUCCCGAUUUUGGUUUCAAGGAGGGAAAGCCCUGCAUAAUAGUGAAGCUCAACAGGAUUGUCAACUUCCGUCCAAAGCCUCCCACCUCUAAUGAAAGCAUCCCUGAAGAGGCUCAACCCAAGGUGCAGCCCUUUGUCGUCCCCAUCUACUGCACCAACAAGAGAGAGGAGGAUGCUGGUAAAAUCGGUGAGAUCAAGUACCACGGUAUCGGCGACGGAUUCCCCCUGCAGUAUUACCCGUACUACGGCAAGCUGCUGCACCCCCACUACUUGCAGCCACUGUUGGCUCUGCAGUUCACCAACCUCACCUUGAAUACUGAACUGCGCAUUGAGUGCAAAGUGUUCGGAGACAACAUUGGGUACAGCGAAAAGGACCGCUACCAGGGACGCUUUGAAAUCAAGUUAUCUAUUAACAAUUUAUGACCGACAUUAGGAACAUAGCACUUCCCGUGGCCCCCUUUGACCUUAACUAAAUACAGAUCUGAUGGCGGAGAUUAUGAGUGGAGGAGGGCUGUAGCGCUUCAGUCAAUCACAAAUAGUCUUCAAUAAAUAAAUAAAAUUAAAAACCUGAUAGGGGACCGAUGUGUAAUCUUGUCUGCUUUCAUCCCUAGCUUCUACACUUCUAGCUAGUGUUAUAAUGUAAUUUAGAGGAAAAGUAGCAAUAUGCCUAAAUAUAUUUAUUCAGCUGUAAGUGAGACUUUUCCACAAGCCAUGGGACAUAGUUCAUUGAUGCCUGUAAAGAUAAAUCUCAUCUCUAAUGUGUAGCGAGCUGUGUCUGUCCCCUCUGCAUAUUGCUGCCUUCUUCGGUUUCACUAUUAGUGGAGUUUGCAUUAGUCGCAAAAACUGGUCCUUCCAUACCACGUUGUUCCUCAUUUCCUUGUGUGUGUGUGUGUGUGUGUGUGUGUGUGUGUGUGUGUGUGUGUGUGUGUGUGUGUGUGUGUGUGUGUGUGUGUGUGUGUGUGUGUGUGUGUGUGUGUGUGUGUGUGUGUGUGUGUGUGUGUGUGUGUGUGUGUGUGUGUGUGUGUGUGUGUGUGUGUGUGUGUGUGUGUGUGUGUGUGUGUGUGUGUGUGUGUAUGUGUCAACAUGAGCGCACACACACACACUCCCAUUCAAUGCACUCUUCUUAUCUGUGUGAGGAAAAGGCUGCACUCCAGGGAACUUCUUUCCUCUUUUUAUUUGUCUUUUACAUCUGAUUACUUUUUACUUUGCCUUUUUCUUAGUUGCUUUGUGAAAUCAUUUCGAUGGGAAGGGUAAAGGGUUUUAUCACUUGGUUUCAUGCCUUACUUUUGAUUAUUUUUACCUGCGAUGUAGAGUUGUGAGUGAGGCCUCCUACACUCUGGCAUGCUGUCUGGCCCUCGGUGCUGGCUCAAGUUUUUGAAAUUUAUUUGCUGGGUUCGUCACAGCAUUGUGUUGUAACUCUCUGAAUGUUUCAACCAUUAAACGUGAAGGAACAAUUUUAUAUUUAUGCAAUUGUACAUGUUAUUUCUUUGCAGAACAUUGUAAUGUAUAAAUGCAAUACCAAAGUGACAAGUUGAAAAGCCCAUCAGAAACAAUGCAGUACUUGUUUUAAGAACCUCAUCAGGAACAAUGCAGUACUUGUUUUAAGAACUUCAUGUUAAGUGCUAGCGUCAUUGUGUUGCCUAGAGACCCCAGUGGUUAACUCUUAAUUUGUGCUUAGGCCGUGUAUGUAGUUAGCUGUAGAAUGAACAGGUAGCAAACACAUUUAUUACACAAUGACCUGACUCUGCAUUUUUAAAAAGACCAGAGUUCAGACAGAGCUCAGUGGCUUUAGGUGAUUAACAAUGUUGGCUGUAAUAUUCCUUAGGAUUUCAUGUUGAUGUAAAACACUCUACUUGGACUUUAAUAUCGGUCAACUCUACACCAUUUCAUCCAGCUGUGUCAUUUAAUCAAAGAUCGAAACAAAUAAAGUCAUAAUGGACCUUU